AUGGAAGCAAGUUCCUUUGAAGGUUCAAAGGAAGGAGUCACAAAACAAUCAAAUUUAUUAUGCAAGCUAAAUAAAGAAGCUUUUGUUGAAGAAUUAUCUGAAGAACAAAGUAGGUCACUGAAAAUCACAGGUGUUUGGUCUGUUGCAGGCAAAGAACACCAAAAUUCUAAAGACAUUUAUAUAAAUCUUGGAAAUAGCAGUGAGACAAAUUCCAGCUUUAGUGGAUUUAAUGAACCAGAUUAUCAAGACAAAAGUAAUGAAACCAAUUCUAGCUAUAGUGAAUUUAGAAAUUCAGGUUACCAGGAAAAAAGCACAGGAGAAAAGUCAUCAGAUUCUCAAAAGUCACAGUCAUGCAAGAAAACACACCAUCUUGCUAUAAUAAGACCAACUAUGUCUGUGUUGAAGAGAGAGGAGUCAAGGAAAAUUGUAAGACCCAAAAAGAGCGGCACCUUAGAUCCCAGUUUGGUAACAUCCGCAGACACAGGGAGAUUUGUGUGGGCCAAGAUCGCAGGUUACAGGUUUUGGCCAGGUGUGAUCAUCAGCCAUGAGGCUUGUGGGACUAAACCUGCAUCACAUGAUAAAGUUUGGGUCUUUUGGUACGGUGAUAACAGAGUGUCAGAAGUUGAUAUUGGCAAAAUACGAGAUUUUGGAAAAAACUUUUGCUCUGAAUAUAGUAAUAUUUCAUCCAGCAAUGUACUUACAACUGCAGUUAUUGAAUGCCUCAAAGAGUGUCGCCACAGAGCAAAACUGGAAAGUUUGCCAUCAAGAAAAUCUCUUCUUCAAUGGGCAAAAACAUUUUUCUCAGAAUCAGCUGAUGCUUGGAUGAAGUUGUUACCCAAAGAAGAUACACCACUCACUGCCAGAACUGAGCAGACUUUAAAGAGAAUAAGGAAGACACAGCUGAGAGAGUAUGCCUCAGGUUCUUCAAGUAAUGGCUCCUUAUCAGUCUCAUCAUCUUCCUAUGAAAGUGAUCAGUCAUCUGAUCUUGAAGCAGUGAGAAAACUAAGAGAAAAAGCAUCACUCAUAAGGGAAGUACAUAGUGGGACUCGUGACAUAGAAACCAUAUGUAUUGCCUGUGAUAAUGUAAAUGCUGUGGUUUCUGUUCCUCAUCCAUAUUUCAAUGGUGGUGUUUGUGAACAGUGCAAGGAAGAUGUUGAGGAGAGUACACUGGCAGUAGGUCCAGAUGGUGUACGUACAUAUUGUGCUGUGUGUGGAAGUCCAGGAGAGAUAAUGCUGUGUGACUAUCCAAUGUGUAACAAAGUAUACUGCACAGGUUGUGUAGAGCUUUUAGUUAAUCCAGAUGCAGUGGCCCGGAUCUUAAAAACAGAUCCAUGGCAUUGCUUCCUGUGUGAUCCAUAUGACCCUAGUACACAUGGUCUCAUCAAACCUAGGCCUGACUGGGAAAACAAGGUUAGAUACAUACAGACUGAAAUGGAUCCAAACUGUCAAAAAUCUCAGGAAUUUGAGGAUGCUCCUCCAGACAUAUCUUUCCCUAAGCGACCUAUAAGGGUUCUUUCUCUCUUUGAUGGAAUUGGGACAGGAUUUCAUGUCUUGGAUAAACUAGGCAUCGAAGUUGAGGAGUACUAUGCGUCAGAAAUUGACGAAGCAGCUCAGAAUGUAUCGGAAACCAAUUUUGGCUCUCGUAUUACCUGGAUUGGGGACGUAACCACUUUUACGGACAAACAGAUUACUGAACUUUGCCCUAUUGAUUUAUUGAUAGGGGGGUCACCAUGUAAUGAUCUCAGUUAUGUAAAUCCUAAUAGAAAAGGUCUUUUUGAUCCCUCUGGUACUGGAAUUCUAUUUUUUCAUUUCUUUAGAGCACAGAAGGUCAUAGAGGCAAAAAACUCUGGCACUCACCUUUUUUGGAUGUAUGAAAAUGUUUUGAACAUGCCUCGAGAAUUCAAGAAACAUAUUAGCUUAUUCUUACAGAGAGAGCCAGCAAUUAUAGAUGCCAAACACUUCUCAGCACAGUGUCGUCCAAGGUGCUUUUGGGGGAAUAUACCAGGUAUGUAUAACCCAAUACCUUCCCAUCUUCUAAAGAAGAAAUUCCACCUAAAUGAGUAUCUUAAUAAGAUUGGUAAUCGUGAAGCACUUGUGGACAAAAUCAACUGCAUAACGACUAACCCAGCUUCUCUGAAACUUGGAUCAAAUGUAGAGUGGCCUAUCCGUAUGAAUGACCAUGGGGAUACACCAUGGCUUACUGAGAUUGAGAAGAUCUUUGGGUUUCCUUCCCAUUAUACAGAUGUAGGAAACACAUCAUUAAAGGAAAGGCAAGCAUUACUAGGGCGGUCAUGGAGUGUACCAGUAAUUGAACACAUACUUCAGCCUCUUACAAAGUAUUACUUGGUUAAGGAGGAGAAUGCCAUUGUAGAUGAGAAUAAUAAAAAAAGAAAUGAACCCAGAGAAGAACCUGAUUUGAACAAGUUGUCUGUAGUUGAUGCAGGACAUGAGAUUUUACUUAACCCCAACACUGAAGCUGAAAAUUUAGAUAAAUGUCAGAUUGUAGCAGAAGUAAGGAUAGAUAAGGUCUUCAGGCCAGAAAUGGAAAAUGUAGAUUUUAGUAAGAAUUUAUUGUAUAAUCCUAGACCUUUGAUUCCUGUCAGUGCAAACUGUCCGUCAGAAGGUAUAAAGAGAAAGAAGAAAUAUAGUAAAUCAGUGUUAAAGAGCAAAUGUUGUGGACGAAGAGAGAGCUCUUCUGAUGUACCAAAGAAAACAAAGUUUGAUGGGAAAUCAGAAGGCAUUACAGCUACUGAGUUUGUAGACUUUUCAGGGUUCGGAGAAGAGCUAAAUGAAACAAAUGUGGCUGAAAGUGAUAACGACCCUUUGUUUAUUUUGAUUCCCAAAGAAAAAACUUUGGCACUGCUCUCAGAUUCUAAAGGUAUAUCAGGAAAGACCAUGCCUCCUGUAUUUGCAAGAAUUAGUGCAGCUCAGAGUGCAAGUGAUGCUGGUUUUGAUGCUGACAUUUCCUCAGAAUACAAUGGUGAUGUUUUAAGCGAUCAAUAAUUGUGUAAGUAGUAAUUGUAGUUGCAUGAAACUUUAUAAGUAUGUGGAAAGUUAUUGCAUAUGUUAUUGCAAUUUUCAAAAAAAAAAAAAAGUAACACC